AUGCUUGUUACACUGCUCACCACCAUGCUUCUAAACCCGUUCCGACCAUGCGAGGGGUCGCCGACCUUCCAAAAGGAGUAUCGCGAAAACUACGUACCCAAUUUCAUCAACGCAUGGCACGGCCCUCAGAUUGUAGCGCCGGAUACCCCAUACGUGGCAGCGGCUGGUCGUAACAAGCUGUACUUCAUCGAUACCCGGUUCGAUCCUGAGACUGCAAAGCACAUCAAGGAACAAAUCGAGUGGGCCACUGUUUCGUUUGGCCCAGAAAACCUCAUAAAAAUAGACGAGAUCUCAGCUACCGCGGAAGUAAAAAAUAGUCGGACAAACGAGACGUUGUUUGUCUUCGACCCAUCCUACGCUAGGGUUCUAUUUGCAAAGGGAAUCAACAAGCGCAACCCUGAACUUAAGCUGCCUGAGCCUGAGCCUGCCAGCGAUUUUCUAGUGACCUACGACAUCCCUGAUACAAUGAAGGAGUAG